ACAACACCUCCCAUCAUCCUGAACCAGCCUCCAACACUCCCACCCACCCCCCUCCUAUUUCCAUUCAUUGCACAGCGUAGCGGCCUCUGCAAAUGGAGAGGCAAUGGCAGAUACAAGGAGCCAGAGAGACAUUCUGUGUCUUUUCGACGUGGAUGGGACAUUAACCCCUGCGCGAGAGAAAGUGGACCCUGAGGUGGACCUGUUUAUAAAGAAGCUCCGGCGAAGGGUAAAGAUUGGUGUGGUGGGUGGAUCCGAUUACUCAAAGAUUGCUGAGCAGCUUGGAGAUGGAGAUGAAGUAAUUCAGAAAUUUGAUUAUGUAUUUGCUGAGAAUGGAACAGUUCAGUACAAAGAUGGGCAGCUCCUGUCAAGACAGGCCAUUCAGAAUCACCUUGGGGAGGAGCUGCUGCAGGACCUCAUAAAUUUCUGUCUCAGCUACAUAGCGAUGCUCAAGCUGCCUAAGAAACGGGGAACGUUCAUUGAAUUUCGAAAUGGAAUGUUGAACAUUUCACCCAUUGGCCGUAGCUGCAGUCAGGACGAAAGGAUUGAAUUCUCCGAACUGGAUAAAAAAGAAAAAAUCAGGGAAAAGUUUGUGGCUGCCCUACAGAAAGAAUUUGCAGGGAAAGGCUUGCAAUUUACCAGAGGUGGGAUGAUCAGCUUUGACAUUUUUCCCGAAGGCUGGGACAAGCGCUACUGUCUGGAUAUUCUGGAGGGAGAACAGUUUUCAAGCAUUCACUUUUUUGGCAACGAGACUUCACCGGGCGGCAAUGACUAUGAGAUCUAUUCUGAUCCAAGAACAGUUGGACAUACGGUUGUAUCACCCGAGGACACUAUACGGCGGUGCAGAAAACUCUUCUUCCCUGAAAGGAGCAAUGAAAUUUAAGACGGUUUCUUUCGUUUUUUAUUAAGAAUCGGACCAGUGACUAAUCUCUGACUGCAUUCUGCGAAAGAAGUCUAACCGUCAUGGUGGACCACAGAGCCUUGUCCUGUAAGUAUUGGUACAAAGGAGACCAUUGAGUAAUAGGCCGUAGCCGCAACCGCGUUGGCUGGAUCAGGCCUUCUGCUGGAGAUGACAUGGUUACCAUAUGCUAAAUAUGCGGAUAAAUACGAUUGUUUACUUGACCAAUUGGAUGAUAUGUUUGGUCUAACAAUACGGUCUGAUUGCGAGAACCAUUGUUGUCUAUUGUACUGACUGGUGUUUUUGUGUAUUUGUAGCACACAAUGACUAGAAAUGGUACCUUCAUAUCUGUUGCCGUUUUUUGACUGACAUAUCAAACUCUAGUGUUGGUUAUUGCAUAUUUUCAAGCAUGGUUGAAAUAAUAUAUUUUUGCAGUAAAUUUAUAAAAAUGUUGCAUACUGCCAUGACUUACUUUUACUAUCCCUGGUGAUCGGGCAAACAAAGUCCUGUACAGUAUAGAAGUGUUUCCCAACAAGUGUGCCUCCAGCUGUUGCAGAACUACAUCUCCCAGCAUGCCUGGACAGCUGUCGGCUGUCCGGGCAUGCUGAGAGUUGUAGUUUUGCAACAGCUGAAGGCAAACUGGUUGGAAAACACUGCAGUACAGCUGAGUGCUCCUCCCCCAAUCUCUGGAACGGGACCCAGUUCUCAGCAGAGUGCGCGUGCAGUAGACGCACACUCCAUUCAUUUCUAUGGGAGUGAAUGAGCGACCCAAGUACAGCACUCGGGCAAAUGAAUGGAGCUCCUCUCAGAAAGCCGGGGCCAGUUUCAAAGAUCCGCUGGGAAUCCCCGCAAUCAGCUACUUAUCCCUUAUCUUGUGGAUAGGGGAUAAGGUCAUUUUGGCUGAAGUUCUCCUUUUAAGUAACAAUUCCGAAAUCUAAUCUUGCCAUUGAAAUCACUCCAUUUAGCUACAGUUCGACAUCAUUGCAGAUUUUGCUGCCUACUGGUCACCAAGCUAUAUACUGAUAUACUCCUUUGCAGCAGCUGUAAAUGAAUCUGAAGCCUUUUGAAGAAUGCAAGAACGCCCAAUGGCAAUGUGAAUGUCCCUGGUCUACUGCAGUAGAUUUGCUUAGUUCUUACGGCUUUUGUGCCAAUGGUAUUUAUACUAAUAUCUCUGACUUGUGGCUCAGGCCAAGUAAUCUCAUGGACAAUAUAAAUAAGCAGAUAGUAAACUGAGACAAUUAUCUAUUGCUUUGUAUCUGUAACGUUGAAGCUUUGUGGAAAUCUGUACUGGAUACUGCUACUUUAGGCUAUGUUCACACGGCAACAUUUUCGUGCAGAAUUCUGUGGAAGAAUUCCACAUUAAAUUCUGACAUAAUUGAUUACUACCCAUUGACUUUUAUGGGAUUCCUCUGUCCCAUUCACUCAGCAGAAUUUCUGCCGCCGAAAUUCCGCAUUCUACUAAGUUUUAAAAAACUGUCUUUAAAAGGGGUUAUCCAGGAAAAACCUUUUAUUUAUAUAUAUAUAUAUAUAUAUAUAUAUAUAUAUAUAUAUAUAUAUAAUUAUCAACUAGCUCCAGAAAGUUAAACAGAUUUGUAAAUUAUUUCUAUUAAAAAUCAAAUUUGUAAAUUAUUUCUAUUAAAAAUCCUUAUUGCUAUCAGUACUUAUGAGCUGCUGAAGUUGAGUUGUUCUUUUCUGUCUAAAUGCUCAUUGAUGACACGUGUCUCGGGAACUGUCCAGAGUAGAAGAAAAUCCCCAUAGCAAACCUAUUCUGCUCUGUGCAGUUCCUGAGACAGACAGAUAUGUCAACAGAGAGCACUAUUGUCAGAUAGAAAAGUGAACUAAAAAAAACUCAACUUCAGCAGCUGAUAAUUAUUAGAAGGAUUAAGAUUUUUUUUAUAGAAGUAAUCUAUAAUACAAAUCUGUUUAACUCUUUGGAGCUAGUUGAUACAUAAAAAAAAAAAUUUUAAACUGGAAUACCCCUUUAAUUUUGUGGAAUUCCACGGCUGAGUUCUAAUUAAGUCAAUGGGGCUUUGAAUGUCAGCAGAAUUUUUUUUUUUUUUUUUUGGAUAGACUCUGAUAGGGUUGGAUCACAAUGGACAAGGCCUGGUCCCGACGGAUCCCAUUGACUUGAAUGGGGUCUGUCGGGAGUUCGUUAUUUUACAGAAGUUGAGCGGAGAAAAAAAAGAUCAGACAUGCAGUAUAUUUUUACUUCUCACAACUGCCGUCCUUUUAUCAGCGACAGAGCUCCCUGUAGCCACAUUGUGAACAUAGCCUAAACUGCUUUUAAUGUACACAGAAGAUAUAUGAAGUAUGUUGGUGCUGCUUAUAGGGCGCCACCUGCUGCCCAUUUCUACUGCUAACCCUGUGCCUAAGGGCUGGAUGAAGUGUUGUUAAUCCUGCCUGUUUUAUUGAGAGCUUGUAAAUAUAUAUGUAAAGUAUAUCUCAUAGUGUGGAUUUAUUUUUUAUUUUGUUUUAAAUGCUGCUAAAAAUACUUUAAAAAAAAUAAUGUAACUUUUACUGUGCACCAAUAAAAUGAUUUCUUUUUA